CCAAGAUGGCGUCCAGUAGAAGGGAAAGUUCUUUUUGUCAAGAAAAAAGAAGGUUUCUUGAAAUUUUAAAGUCGUAAGGAUGAAACUACAUCAAGUAUUAACUGGUGCUGCAAAUACCUUCGAUGAUAAAGCGGCUAUAGCAGUAGGAAACGUCGAAGACUACCCUUUUACGGCUUAUGCAUCAGGAUGUGAUGUCGUGAUACUACUAAGUGGCUUCACAAGGGUACAGAUUAUCCCAGGAUCCCUGUAUGGAUACAAGGAAGUCAGUUGUGUAGAUUGCUGUGACACUGAUGGAAAGAUUGCUGUUUCUUAUGGCAGUAAAGUAGUUGUAUUUAGAGCUAAACCAGCAAUCCAACCAGCUGACCAUGGAUUUCCAUUUCACUGGGAACAGACAUCAGAACUUUGUUUGAAAUUUAAGAUAACAUGUCUGUCAUGGAAUAGAGAAGGUAAAAGACUGUUGAUUGGCGGUGAUUACCUCCAGUUAUGGUGCUGUGAAGACAGCAGCUCCUAUCCCUCUGAUGGACUUACUUCUGCUGAUACAGAUGAGUUCUGGACAUGUAUUUGGAUGUGCAACCCUGCCGUUCCAAUAUACCUGGUACAGUUCUCUCCUGAUGGUCAGUUUUUUGCAUCUGUAGGAAAGAAUGACAGAUUAGUCAAAGUUUGGUUUGAAAAGUCUAAAGCAGUUGAUGUCAUCCCAGCAAGCUCUUCUGAUGAAUCUUCUCAUUUCAAUACUGCUGAGGAUUUUGAUUUUUCUUUUGUGUAUUUGGCUCACCCCAGAACAGUCACAGGCUUCACUUGGAGAAAAACCAGCAGAUUAAUGCCAGUAUCCUCAGUGGCAAAUGUACUCCUGACAUCCUGCAUUGAUAACAUCUGUCGAAUAUGGUCCGAAACCAUGCAACCCACAGAGAUAGAAGACAUGCCCACUCCACCCCCCUUGGGAAAAUUCAAAUGUCCAAAGCAUAAGAAAAGACCGCCACACAAUCCUCUCUCUAAGCACAAACUCAUCUCGUCACUACAUUUCCAUCUUGCUACCUUGGUGAACCCGGUGAACGACAUCCCCCUCCUCUCGUCCAUGGGAUCAUUUACUCCCAAGGGAAACCAGAGUUCCUUCAUGCUACACUGGCUCAACAACAAGGAAAUGCAGUUCACCUUUGCAGCAGAGGCACGCAUGGGGGCCCCAGUGCUGGCCCUUGAGGUACAAAGUGUCGAUGUCAGUGAAGAUUCUUCAGAAGAGAACGAUGAUCAGUCAUCAGAUUUUGAUAUAUUAGAGCAAAGUGAUGAAAAUGUUCUUGAUGAGAAGACGAGACUUGGUGAAGCAAAUUCUUCUACAGAUAGCGAGAUAGAGUUGAAAAACGUGGCUUCUAAGAUAAAAAAGCCAAGUCCGAAAGAAAAACAAAAGAAGAUGGCGGCACCACCAUCACCAACCCGGCCAAGAACGCCCUUAGAAUACUUAAAGCUGCUACAAGAAGACAACCUACACCGCGAUGCCACAUCGUCUGCUUUUGAUAGCUAUGUCACCUAUGCCAUUGGAGACCUCCUUCGUGAAUGGUGCUCAAGCCAUGAUACACUUAUUGCGGUCCAUCCAGUUGAUGGUUCACUCCUCGUCUGGCUCGUAGAAUGGUUGGACUUGCAGUCCACGUUUCAGUUCCGACAGCCUCAAGUCAGUUUUUUAUCUCGCAUACCCAUGGCUAUUCCUCCAGCCGAUGCUAACUCUCUUCUGCCCAAACUCUACGUGUAUUGCCCUAGGGGAGAUAAAAUAAAAGUGUCUAAAAGCCCCACGAAGCAAGUAUCUAGAACUAUGUCCCCCAAAACCCUGAGAAAUCAGUUUGGAGCGUCUUCGAGUGGUGCUCAGGCAACAGCUAUCAUGGUGUCGACCCACAAAGAUGGCGCGCUUAACCACUGGCAACUCGUCUUUGGUGAUAACAAUUUAUUCUCAACAGUUGUUAGUAUCUCGCACGUGGCAAGACGAUGUGGGCACAGGUAUCCCAUCACGACUAUUCUAGCCCAUCCUGAAUUACCUUUAUUAUUGUCAACGUCAAGUCACGUGAUCCAAACCAGAUAUAGCAAGAUGACUGCUGAACCUCUGAAGAAUGAUACUCCAGGCGGUAAAGUCCACUGCAGCGAGCUUGUAGUGUGGAGGGUUGAGAGCGUCUCUCCUUUGCGGCAAAGCGGAGGGGUCCAGGAGCUGACUAGGAUCCAUUCCGCCCGGCCACAUGCAUUUGAAAAUAUUGCAUGGGUCCCAACUCUAUUUUCGCACUCACUGAUAACAUUUGAAAACCCAACAUCGCUUCCUCCACAAGCCAUCGCUCCGUGUGCGUGCUUUCUGGCAUUUGAUGGCCAAUGCUAUCGAUUUUACCAAGUCAUCCUGGACGCAAGAAUGCUACAAUCGUUUAUUUCCAGUCAUAAAUCAAGAACAAGGUCAACCUUGUAUUCUAGUGGAAGCGAAGAGAGUAUUGACUCGUUGGAUCUUGAGUCGCCUUCAAUGAACGUUCCUGUUGAAGCUUUCAUAGAGUCUAUUGUAAGUCGUCAAUCUGGAUCCAACCCUGGGUGUAUCCUAAAGCUUUGUUCAUUAGUCGAUUCACGGGAAACACUUCAACACCCACUAUUAUUGCACGUUUUCUCAGAACGCUCAAUCAAGCCAGGUUUAUCGCUGACUACUAGUGAUCCUGAACUAUUGUUACCUCCCGAUGAAGAAGAUGACGACGACGGUUCGAAGUCUGAAGACAACUUUUAUAUUGUUGGGGUAGAAAACGUUCCAGAUUCUGAAAACCCUGAUCAAAAUAUUUCAAUGAUUCAUAUGUGGCAGAUGAAAGUCACUGCAGUCAAGCCAGAGAAAGAGCUUGAGAAUGAAGACUUGCUGUCCUACCCCGAAGUACUCCCUACUGUUAGUUCUAAUAGCAGUUUCUGUAACAGCCAGCCUUCUUCACGCAGCACAACCCCUCUAAAUCUACCUCUCUCUCAUCCUGUCAGCACUACUAUCAUUUCCAGGAAGGUCUGCACUGAACGGUUGAAGCUUCCCCCAGGAGUGAAAAUCAAGACAGCAACAAGAGCUGCAGAUAAGAUGUCUUCCUCGGCUGUCAACCCAACAUGUCCAGCUGCUUAUAUCUUCACGACAUCGUGCUCCGACGGGAAGGUACGGUUUUGGUCUUGUAAGGAAACAAAGGAUGGGACGUUCACAUGGGAAGAAACAGUUUGGCAAGAAGCAAAGCACGAUCCUAUCUCCAUUGCCUCAAGCAACAAGAAAGAAACUUCAUUGAAGGCACCAGGAGAAGUCAUCUCUCUAAGCUGUGCUUAUACUGGUCGCCUUGCUACUCUGGUCAAAAGCUCAUCCCUUGGAGGAGAGACUGAGGAUGGGUUAUUAGUCUGUGUAUGGGAGAAUGAAUCUUCUGGUGGGAUGGACUGGGUACUGGAAGAUACUCUAAGGUUAAACUGUAACGCGGAGACUGACGCAUCUCAGGUUCGUUUAGAGUGGAUCUCGGUGGAGAAUGGUUCCCAUAUCCUUACAGUCUGCAUCAAGAACGAGAUCUUCAUCGUCGGUGGUUCGUCACGGAUCUCUGACAUCUCCAUGGGUGGCGAGAGUUCUUUCAGCGGUAAACAAAGCUGGAUUCUCCUAGAUAGCACACAUCUGGCAUCUGAGAACAAAUGGCAGCUUAUGAAUAGAGCGCUGUCAUGGGCUCGUAACGGCGUGCUUGUUGUCGGCUUGGGUACAGAAAUGCAAGUGUAUUCACAAUGGAAAGUCAUCUCAGAUGGGACUCUAUCUCCAUCCGAUAUCACAUCAUACGCGCCUACUGCUACCCUAGAAAAGGUCACACACAUGACACGGAGGGGGUCCAGUGGGGAUCUUGUUGCUCUAUCAGCCUCGGGUGGUACAAGACUUGGCUUGUUUGAAGAGGCAGCUGCUAUCUUGCCUAUCUUGCCGCAGUAUCAUCCCAAACACUUGAUGGAGUUGAUGAACUCGGGAAAACUGAGGAGGGUUAGAGCUAUACUACUACAUCUGGUUCAGUGUGUGGCUGGUAAGGAAGCUGUUCAAAGAGCAGCCCGAGCGAGCGAUCCAGCCAGCGGUCGUCCUCGUCUGACUAGCACGUGUAGUAUGCCUCGAACGAGCAGCUUUGGUGACGUGGAAGCAUUACUAGACGUGGUUGACGAGAAGGAAGGACCUUUGUUGAUUCCGCCCGUUCCUCUACAUGCUCUCCUCGCGGCAGAUAAGGACUCUAGAUAUGCAGGUGACACAUCUAACGUUCAAGGAAUACAGACUGUUCCUACAGAAGAGAAAGAUUACAGUGCACUAUUCGAUGCACCAGCCACUGUUGGUAGUAUUGACUUGGAUGACGAGUUUAGUAAAUCAUCUGAGACGCGUAGGAAACGAACUCUUUCGAUGUAUGGCAGCCCCUCCCAUGGUACUUGGCCUGAUACUCCCAUUUAUUUUGGUCUUGCACAGGCACGGCUGUUAGCAAACCAGUUGACUCGCAUACAGCUACCUGGAUUAACCAGUAUCGAACAGUUAGAGUUACUGGCCCUGUCUGAUACUUUUGCCAGCACCAAGCUGGACUUGGAGAAGAGUCCAGAUGAUAUAGAGAGAGGAUUGAACUUUGCCAAACGAGAAGGAGAAGGUUCCAGUAAUAUUGGUGGUCUGAUGGGAGGACCCGGUGGAGGUGGAGGUGGAUAUGCUACAACAGGAAGCAUUGGUGCGUCAGUGGGUAGUGGAGGUGAUGCUGUUGAUGAUUGUGGUCUUCGUUUCCUACUGGCCAUGAGACAUUACACUUGUCUGAUGGGUACUUUACCACCUAUACAAAGAGCUCUUCUGGAAGAAAAGGGCUUAUCCUCUUCCUAUUAUGGCUGGGCCUUCCAUUCUGAAUCAGAAGAAGAAUUACUAGCCAUGGUACCACCCAUGUUAAAAGGCGAACCUACCUGGGCAGAACUGCGACAGUUUGGUGUUGGUUGGUGGGUUCGUAGUGAUGACACGUUAAGGAGGCUCGUCGAGAAGGUCUCAAAGGCACAAUUUGCGCAAAGACAAGAUCCACUGGAUUGCGCGCUGUUCUACCUGAGCAUGAAAAAGAAAAACGUCAUUUGUGGACUGUACAGGUCUGUAAGUGACUCACGCAUGGCCAAGUUCUUCAUGAAUAAUUUCAAGGAGGACCGAUGGCGCAAGGCUGCGCUGAAAAAUGCUUAUCAACUGUUGGGAAUGCAGAGGUUUGAACAUGCAGCGGCAUUCUUUCUUCUUGCGGGAUCCCUGUGGGAUGCAAUCCAGGUGUGCAUUAAUCGUCUACAUGAUCUUCAGUUAGCGAUGGUUCUUACUCGAUUGUAUGAAGAGCCUUCCAGGGGUCCAGAAUAUCAUCGGCUUCUUAACGAUUGUGCCCUUGGGUCUGAAGGGAGAACAGAUCCAUUCCUCCGUAGCAUCACUUAUUGGAUUCUGAAAGACUACAACAUGGCUCUUGAGGUUCUCAUCAUCGAGCCUGCCACCGAUGCUUCUAAAGAACCACAAUACAACUCUCUUGCAGCCAGCGGUAACCCCGAUAUUUUUAACUUUUAUCUGUUUUUACGUAAGCAUCCUUUGAUCAAGCGAAGACAUUUCAGGCAAACCGACCAACGCGAGUACAAAGCCAAGAUCUUAAAGAAACAAAACUGCGCACCACGUUUAACAAGACAGCAGAGCAUCACUGAUGACGUCUUUGUUGAUGAACCGCUUACCACUAUGGAACGGCAGCUCUUUUUCAAGACUGCGCAUGCGCACUUCAACUCUGGUUGCCCUGCCCUGGCCCUUCAAGUUUUGAUGGAACUCCCCGCAACUGAUAUGAAUCCAAAAAAUUCGGUGGUAAUGAAACAGCCAACCCUCAUUGAGGAGUCGGGUAUUCCAAGUGAUGUCACAGAUGACAUGAUCAACACUGGUACUCUGGGAGAUUUUGAUUUUAAUAAGAGACAAAAAGACAGUGAAUUGGGAAAUGGUCCCACUGUCAAUGGUGGAAGCGCCGAGGACUUUGACUGGAGUAAACCGGUUUCAUCAAAACUAGGUGAAACAGGUUUGGGCGAUAGCAGUGAAGACUUUGACUGGAGUAAACCGGUUUCAUCAAAACUCGGUGGAACAGGUUUAGGCGAUAGUAGUGAGGACUUUGACUGGAGUAAACCGAUUUCAUCAAAACUAGGUGGAACAGGUUUAGGCGAUAGUAGUGAAGGUUUUAACUGGAGUAAACCGGUUUCAUCAAAACUAGGUGGAACAGGUUUAAGCGAUAGUAGUGAAGACUUUGACUGGAGUAAACCGGUUUCAUCAAAACUGGGUGGAACAGGUUUAGGCGAUAAUAGUGAAGACUUUGACUGGAGUAAACCGGUUUCAUCAAAAUUAACAGAAGAAGGUCUCGAUGGUGGGUUCACGUCCUGGGGCUCUCCUGUCAAUGAUAAUCCGUACCUAAAUGGUGAUUCAGUCCCUGCCAAAGAGGACCAUGAUGAACCUGACGCAACGGAUACUGUCGCUGCUAAAUCUAAAGAAGUACGCCACCUCGAUGUGAUAGCACAGCAAAUGAAGUUCUCAGCGAUUCUAAAGAUGCUCCUGGAUGAGUUGCAUGGUCUUCCAGCGGCGUGUGAGAUCGCUGAUGAAGAUUUGAGGUCGUUUUUUAUGCGAUGGAUGGAGAUGGAGUUUGCUGUGCUGCACAAGAUGGCUGACUAUGGUACAAAGGCAAAUGAAAUGGAGAUAGAUGAGCCAACAACAGAGGCGAGUCCUGACACAGGUAUUGACGACAACCAAGAAAUGACGAAGGAAGACAAAAACUACAUCGCCAUGAAAAUAGACAAGUCAGCCAAACACGUUCAGUGGUUAAGAAAAAACCGAACCUUGUUGAAUAUUUUACUCAACUAUUGCGCUUUGCACGGCUCCAGUGGAGGAGAUCUGGCAGCAAUGAAUAUGGAGUUACUUCUUCUGUUACAUGAAGUAGAACGCUGUCGUUUCCUUUUGUCACCUCUUUAUGUACCUUCAGCUGGACCGUCCAUUCCCCCCCUGAUCCUAGGAGCAGUGUCUUCAUCCUCACUCUUGGCCAGUCCUAUAGGUUAUCUACAGGCUUUAACUCAAGAUAUUCUUAAAUACUUGUUUAAGCUUAAUGAACCACCAUCAACAGUUAACCCAGUAAAUAUGGUGGCUGUGCUCAACAGCCUUACAAGGACCUUGUCGUGCUGUAUAUACCAAAGUCUUACCGGAAUGAACCAAAACAGCCAAAACGGCAAAUGUCCUCGUUCAACAAGUUCCCCCAAGAACACUCCAUCUGAGCUUCCCACAAGUUCUCCUGCCAAAUGGCCUGGUGUACGUCUUCUAUUAUCUUUGCUAGCCACGGAGAACAGAGACAACAGCACCCGACUUCGAAUAAUCCUUGCUGAAGCUUGUGUUGCUGUCUAUUUUAGUCUUCUGGCGUUUGCAUGGUCAACUUGUCAACCUAAUCUUCUUUACAGACUUGUUUUACACUCGCUUAAGUCUGACAUAUGGGGGAGGGUGUUUGGAGGUAGUGUAAAGGUCACCAUGGAGAUGCCCACUGGAGGUUCAUCAGCUCAAACUGAGUCCAGUAGAACCAAGGCUUCAGCUCCCCCAGCCACAGGAGACCGAGGAGAAUCAAAUAAGUACUGGAACUCAGCUAGAACGAGGUGGAACUAUAAACUACUGGGAAAAGGAGCAGACUCUUUAGCCCAGGCCCGCGCGUCUGAUCCAAAGCCUGUUUACGUCGAUCAGUAUGUACCUCCCAAAAUCACCCUUGUGGACUAUUUCACCGCCAAGCCACAAAGAACGAGUGGCUUCGGCAACGACUAUGAUUCCGACGACGAAGAAGAAGAUUCCGACGAUGAAGAUGAGUAUGAGAGUGAAGGAGAAGACGAGUACGGGUUCCCACUGUUUAAAGCUAAGACAAGCAUUGAACCACAUGACCAUGUUGAUUAUACGUCAUACGGGUGGAGUCUCAUCAAUUAUUCAAUCAGUAAACUAGCCUUGAGUAAUCUCCAGGCCUUCUUGCCAGAUAUUGGAUUUGAAUUGACGGAUCUGCCAUCGUUGUCGCCCCUACUUCACUCAGCUCUCAAGAUGUUACAACGUUGGAGCCUGACCUUCCAGGCGAGGCUUGACUCGUUCCAAGGCCCUCCAAUUGACUUUAUCUCUCAGUUUCCAAUCUCUUGCGAAACGUUUCCUCGUGGAGGCCCGGCACUACUUCGAUAUAAAGCUUUACUUGAUCCAAGCAACACACCAUUUAGAUCAACGCGCAAGGCAGCUGAGCCCGUUAAGAGACUAUGGCGAUCACUAGUCCAUCAAGAAUCAAUCCAGGAGAUGAUCAUCAGUUAUGUGUUCAAGAUCGAGCCAUCAUCAGUUACCAGACAAAGCAGCAGUGAUCAAGAGGUUGAUCAAACAGACAGUGGUGUGGGGAAAGACGUACGAGUGGUUCAUAAAGACACUGAGGGGAUCAAUUCAUUCUGUAUUAACCAGGCUAAUCCUAACGUGAUUGCAAUUGGUACAUUGCGUGACGUACAGGAAGUUGAUGUGUCACACAUUCUCUCACCCGAACCGGCUCCAUGGACUGAAGAAGAAACAGAGAAUGAGAAAUCUGAUAUUUCACGAAAAAGUGUUCCUUCAACGUCAGACGAAUCUUCAGAAUUUAUGGUGGUUUAUGGUAACCAGACUUCCUCAUCCACUUCUAGUAAUGUGGGGUCUGGGCCGAGGCAGAGGAUCAUGGAACUUCUCAAGCGUCAAACGCAUGGCGUCAAACGAAUGGCUUCCCAUCCGCACUUGCCUUACUAUGUAAGUGGUUCCCAAGACGGAAGUGUACGAAUGUGGGAAUUUGGUCAUGCGCAGGAAAUAACGGCACAUCGUACCAUGGGCUCAUAUCAGCGAGUUACAAGGGUUCAUUUCAGUCCCUAUGGUAACAAGAUUGGGAUAUCAGAUGCUAGCGGACAGAUAAUAAUGUGGCAGGUCAGUUCCACAGGAACAUCACCCAAUCCUUUCUUGACAAUGAAAUGCCACAACAAACAGACAAACGACUUUGUGUUUCUGAGCUCGUCUAGUUUCAUAGCAACUGCAGGGCAUUCGUCUGAUGGGAGUAAUGUUGCAUUGUGGGAUACUUUGGUUCCCCAACAAAGUUCUCUCGUUCAAGCGUUCACUUGCCAUGAGAGUGGAUCACCGUGUAUUGCAUAUGUACAAGGACAACAACUACUUAUCUCUGGUGGAAGGAAAGGCAAUAUUUGUAUUUUCGACCUUCGUAAACGCCAGAUCCGACAUACAUUUCUGGCCCAUGAUGCACCCGUGAAGAGUAUUGUUGUCGAUGAGAGUAAAGAAUUCUUUAUAUCUGGAUCUGAAGAUGGAGACAUAAAGGUUUGGGGUCUAACAAUCCAUGACGAGCUAGCAUGUUAUCCCAAAGAGCACGGCAAAAGUACCUACUUCAAGUAUGGAACACAGGGCGUGGCAUUGAUCCGAGUACCCUGCCCUGGUCAGAUUUACUCCUGUGGGGGUGAUGGCACACUCAAGUGGCGGCAGAUCUCAUUAAGAGAUACCAUUGUAAAUACUAAGAUCACUUAGUUCAUUCAUUGGCUACCUGUGGAUUACUAAGGGAUGCCAUCAGCAAAAAUUACGAGUGAAAUAUGGUACAAAACAUUAAACCAUGAAGACAACAGACCCAAAUACAGUUGUUUGAGAAAUACAAGAAGACUUUCUACACUUAAAGUGGCAAAAAGUGUGCUUGAUAGAUGAGAAAAAUGAAGAACAAUGGAAGAAAAAUAAAAUAAAGUCAUAAGAAACAAUGUCAUAAUCCCCAAAUAUAAACUUAAAAUCUAUAAAAGGAAACUAAAUGAACUGUUAUUUUAGUUUUAAUCAAGUUUGCAGAAAGUUAGAAAUCUUUAUUUUGAAACAUACUCCUACCAGUUAAUAUUAUGAUACCUACAAUGUAUGAUUAUAAUCAGCCAGGGGAAUCUUUGUUCCUGUUCCUUUAUAGGAAUCCUUACUGCUUAAUUAAGCUUACAAUAUGAAGCUACACAUUUAAUAGCUCAAUCUUUUAAGAUACUGUUAAGUAAAGAAUACCUAAUGGUAACUAUUGUAUAAUGUUUGGUCAAACAGUCGAGGAAUGGUUUUCUUGAUACAAUCAGAGAAAUGAAACAAAAUAAAUGAAAAUUAUAAUAGCU